GCAGAGCAGGCACACGCGCACACGUCCACGUAUAUACACACACAAUCUCUCCUUUCCCCCCUCUUCAUCUGUCUCUUGCCUCUUCGCUCACCAUCAUUGUCAACAUCCUCGUCACCAUCUUUCUUAUUCUUGCUCUUAUUUCGGGCGUGGCUCGCUCAAUGACCAUCUCACCCACACACCUCUAGCACCUCCGCCGACUUCUUGACACACCCCAUUCACGCCCAACAUAGACAAACACACGUGUACCCACUCUCAGACACACACACACACACUCUCUCUCUCUCUCCCUCUCGCGCGCGCGCAUGUUGGAUUUACUCACACAAUUCGCACACUCAUCCUCACCCCCGGAUCGGGCUGGCUGCAAGCAAGCUGGGAAAAUUUGAAGGGGAUGACUUCCGCCCGAAUCCAAUGCCAGCGUCAUGAUUGGCGUCUCAAAAUAGCCCCAGCACAUUCUCUGCUUUGUCCCAGAUUUGCCUCACAGCUUACAACCUUCAUCAUUGGGUCAUCAUCCAUCAAAAAGAAACAGUUUCUGCCACACUGCCGGACCCAGCCUGCCAGAUCAUGUGGAGCAUCCGCCUGCCAGGCCCACGGCACUGCAACGAAUCAAGAAGAUGCUCGCCCGUCUUUGUCAGGAUCUCAACGCACCCGCCCGUGUUCACCUGACGAUGGCUGUCAAAUUGCGUGGCGCCCAUCGUUGGGGACGGGUUUAUUGUGCUGUUCCCAUAAUGAAAUCAAGCGCAUGCGUGCGUGCAUUGCGCGUGCGUGCACAUCAUCAUCGCCGUUGCCAUCCGAAAUGAGCCUCAUGCUUAUCAAGAGUGUUUUGUCCUGGAAGAGCUAAAAAGUGAAGUUCAAAAUAUACUUCCCAGAAAAAGCGGAAUCCUAAGAGAGCAAACGUCGCUUGAACAAUGCCUGAUUACGGAGUAUAGCAGAGCCAUAACCGUCUCCAGAACUUCACGUAUCCAACCAACAUGUGAAUAAAAGACGCGUAUGAUAAUGAUAAAAUAAUGGUAGUGGUAUUAGUUGAAAAUAAAAAAAAAA